AUGGAGCGGCGUGGACGUGUGGAGGCGUUCAUGCUGCUGCUGCUGCUGCUGAGUCCAGCUCAGGCUCAGCCCAGACACCCCCUCCCCGUGCUGUGGAUGAUGCCGGUCAGCUCAGGGUCCGGGAGGGAGAACCUGACAGCCGCUGUGCUCCCUGCUGUGAGGCUGGCUCUACAGGACCUGCAGAGACAACCGGCACCCCUGGGGAACUACGAGGUCCAGCUCCAGCUGCUGGACUCUCAGUGCGAUGCUGCUAAAUCCCUCAAAGCUCUGUUUGAUGCUCUGUGGGCAGGGCCAAAGUUUCUGCUGCUGUUUGGAGGGGUGUGUCCAUCAGUGACCACGCUCAUCGCUCGCUCUCUGCCCGCUCUAAACCUGGUGCAGGUGUCUUUUGCAGCCUCGUCCCCCAGCCUCUCCAACAGGAAGUGGUACGGGAACCUGUUCAGCACGGUGCCAUCAGACCGAGCUCUGAAUCACGCCACAGUGAAGCUGCUGCAACGCCACAGGUGGAGCAGAGUGGGCGUCAUCACGCAGGAGGGCCCGCGGCUCUCAGAGAUGAAGAAGGAUCUGAUGAGGCAGCUGCUAAAGGCCGACGUUCAGGUCCUCUCCUCAGAGAGUCUCUCUGCAGAUGUCUGCAGCAGCCUGAGGAGGCUGAAGGAGACUGGUGUUCGGAUCAUUAUUGGACAGAUUGAAGAGGGCUCUCUCUCUGAGGUUUUCUGCUGUGCCUACAGACUGAGCAUGUUCGGCCCGCGGUAUCAGUGGUUGGUGGUCGGCGGCGGCGUGGACGGGUGGCGGCUCGGCUGGCAGCUUUCUGGAUGUCCGGUUCAGGAUCUGCUGACGGCUGCAGACGGAUCCAUCCGGCUGCAGACCAGACGACUGAGCAACACCAACACGGCAGGAAUCUCUGGGCGGACCCCUCAGGAUUACCUGGACUCCUACCUGGGAGAGCUGACCCAGGAGGAGUCGGAGGUCAGCCUCCUGCACGCCUUCGCCUACGACGCCGUGUGGGUGGCUGCUAACGCUCUGAGCCAGGUGAUGGAGGCGCAGAGGAACAGAGAGAGAUACAGCGUGAUGAGAAACGUCAGCAUCGGCCCCGAGGAGAGCCACAGGAUGCUGCUGGAGGCCGUGAAGAGAACGUCGUUUGAGGGAGUCACGGGUCCAGUUUUCUUCAGGAAUGGAGAGAGGGUGGCAUCCAUCGAGCUCAUCCAGCUUCAAGGAAGCAGAGGCGUGUCUGUCGGGGAGUUCAGCACAUCGACCCAACAGCUUCGACUGAUGAGCCACCUGCUGAAGUUCAAAGGUCCAGGACCGACCAGAGACCGGACUCUGGUCUUGGAGCAGUGGCAGCACGUGGGCCUCCUUCUGUACGGUGUGGUCUCAUCAGCUGCAGCUGUAACCAUCGUCCUCACUCUGACCGCGCUCUGCUUCACCGUCUGCAGCCAAAAACUCCGGCUGCUGAGUUGGAACGGUGGAUCCCGGGAUGAGCUUCUCCUCCUGGGCAUCCUGCUCUCCUCCUCCUCUGUCCUGGUCUCUGGUCUGGAUGAAGCCCUGCUGUCUGACCAGACCUAUGAGAUCCUCUGCUCUGUUCGUCUGUGGACUCUCUGUGUUGGACACACUGUGGGCUUCGCUGUUCUCUUCACGAAAGCAUGGAGGAUUUAUUCACUCUGCUGCAUCAAACACACGCCUCGUCUGCGGCCGACCGGCUUCCUGGUCUUCUGGCUCUUCCUGCUGGAUGUGUUUGUUUUAGUCACCUGGCAGAUCCUGGACCCUCUCAGGCGGGUGGUGCUGCAGCAGAACAUACAGAUGAACUCGUCUCUGGACCAGGACGUGGAGCUUCUCCUCUCCUCUGAGUGCUGCAGCUGCACCAACAUGGAGCUGUGGCUCACCGCUGUCUACGGAUACAAAGGACCCCUGCUGGGUCUGGGCUGUUUCGUGGCGUGGAGCAUCAGAUCAGUCCAGGUGGAUCAUCCCGCCGUCAGCAGCAAACAGCUGACUCUGAGCAUGCUCUCUAUGACCGUGUUCAGCGUGUCUGGAGUGUCUGGAGCUCUGCUGACGUCCCAUAAUCCUCCUGUUCAGUUCUGCGUGGUCAGCAGCCUGGUCCUCUGCUGCAGCGUCUUCACUCUCGUCUGCAUGUUCGGACCAAAGUUUGUGUACGUUUGUUUCCACGGCAACGAGCUGCUGCAGCCGCUGAACCUGCAGGCUGCAGAGGACGAAGAAGAGCAGCUGAGGAGGGUGAACAUGCAGCUGAAGAGUCACAGCAAGCAGCUGGAUUUAGAGAUAGAAACCAUCACCAUGCAGCUCUAUGAAGAGUCUGAGAUGGCCGAUUCUGACCUGAGGAGAGGAGGAAACAAUGCAGGUGAAGCCCGGUCCGUGGUGUCAGCUCUGAUCUGCUCUGAGGACACAAACAUGGACGGGAAUCCUCUGAGUCCAGACCACAUCAACUCUCCUGAGCAAGUGCGCCGGCGUCUCUCCAUCCAGCUGCCCAUCCUCCAUCACUCCUACCUCCCCGUCAUCGGCGGCGUCAGCGCCAGCAGCUCCAGUCUGUUCGGCAGCCGGGAGGCCUUCGUCCACCACGACCUGCUGAUCGCAGCCUCCUGAAGACAAGUUUAACCUUAGAUAUUUCAGAAUACAGACUCUUUAGACAGACUGAUGCAUGGACGUUCUCUCAGCAAAGCCCAGAGUCUGCUCAAUAACAUGAUUCAGAAUUUAAACAUGGAUUUAAAUCAACAGCCUCAGGAUAGCGGCUCUACAGUGGGGUGAGGUCGGGAAUUUAGAGAGACAGACAUCUUCUU